UUAGUAUGUAAAUAGCAGCGACUUAUCGAUGUUUCUAUCGAACCUUUUCCACCUCUAGUUUUGAUAUAUUAUCAACAACCCUACAAAAAAAUCGUCGGAAUAUGCUUAAAAAUAGUCUCCCCAAUACCAUUUAAAGAUGUCGGUGCACUAUAAAUUCAAAAGUACUCUCAACUUCGAUACGAUUACGUUCGAUGGUCUUCACAUUUCUGUCGGGGACUUGAAGAGGGAAAUUGUACAGCAGAAGCGGCUGGGCAAAGUCAUCGACUUUGAUCUUCAAAUCACAAAUGCCCAGAGCAAAGAAGAAUACAAAGAAGAUGGAACCCUGAUUCCGAAGAACACCACACUGAUUAUAUCCCGAAUACCAAUAGCCCAUCCGCCCAAGAAGGGCUGGGAGCCACCGUCAGCAGAGAAUGCCUUCACCGCGGCGCCGACGAACAAGCAGGACAACUUCAACAUGGACUUGUCCAAAAUGCAGGGCAGUGAGGAGGACAAAAUCCAGGCCAUGAUGAUGCAAAGUACUGUUGACUACGAUCCCAAGACAUACCAUCGCAUUAAGGGUCAGUCCCAGGUCGGGGAGGUUCCAGCAUCCUACCGGUGUAACAAGUGCAAGAAGAGCGGCCACUGGAUUAAAAACUGUCCCUACAUAUUGGGAAAAGACCAGCAGGAAGUCAAACGAAACACUGGCAUUCCCCGUUCCUUUAGGGACAAACCAGAAGCGGAGCAAGAAGCCCAGUUUGUAGUGCCGGCAGAACUGAACCAAGAGAUACCUGAAGACUUGAUAUGCGGAAUAUGCCGCGAUUUGUUUGUCGAUGCCGUCAUGAUACCCUGCUGCGGUAGUUCCUUCUGCGACGAUUGUGUGCGCACUUCAUUGCUAGAGUCGGAGGACAGUGAAUGUCCAGAUUGUAAGGAGAAAAAUUGCUCGCCAGGCUCGUUGAUUCCAAACCGCUUCUUAAGGAAUUCGGUUAAUGCCUUCAAAAACGAAACUGGCUACAAAAUCAGUAAUGUUAAAUCAGCUGUUAAGAAUGAAGAGAAGCCGCCCGUGGAAAAAGAAAAAGAAAAGGAAAAAGAAGAGGAACCUCCAGUUGUGGAGCCAGAACCAGAGGAGCCAGAGAAACCGGAGAAGGUAGAAAAGCCUGAGGAAACAGAAACCAAUGGGAAAAAGGAGCAGCCAAAGUCAGAGUCGCCAGAACCAACUCUGGCUGUUGAAGAGCCGCCAAAAGAAAAGGAAAAAGACAAAUACGAUUCUGAUUAUGAAGAUAAUAUAACAAUAAAAAUGCCCCAGCCAGCGGCAGAUUCUGCUCCAAUCUCAAGAAAGGCAUCUCCAAAUUACUCACAGAAAACUAGUGAGAGCUCUCACCGACGCGAACCAAAGUCGGAAUAUGCCUCCGAGCACGACAAGCACCGUCCAUCAUCAAAGUCCGAGUCGGGAAAGAGUGAACGAAGCCUUCUGCCGACUCCCAUAGGAAUGCACAUGAACUAUCAGGGCCAUAUGAUGGGCGAGGAGGAGCGGAGGGCGGAGGAAGCACGCCGAUCGAAUGCAUAUAAACCGUCGUAUAUGCCAAUGCAGAGAGGCCCGCCGCCAAUGCACAUGAUGGGCCAUCAUAUUCCGCCGUGCAACAACGGGUACAACAGCAUGGGUCAGAGGCCUCCUCUAAGCUAUGUGCCGUAUCAAAACCAAUCCGUGCACCCAAUGCGUGCACCGUACGGAUCGUCGGGAGGAAGUAUGAAUAUGAAUAUGUCACAACCAUUUCAGUCCCCAAAUUUAGCAUCUAUAUACCAAGGGGUGGCCGCCAAAGUUGGUUCUGGACUGAUUGAUGAUCCCUUGGAAGCCUUCAAUCGCAUUAUGAAGGAGAAGGAGAGGAAGAAGGUGGAACGGCUCCGUAGUUCCGAUCACCACAGAUCCAGGUCACCGGACAGGCAGCGCCAUCGGUUUAAGUCGCCUUUGUACGAGAAGGACUCGAUCCGGGACAACUUAAAAGACAAGAGGCCCCGUUCCCGGGAGAGAAAGCGGGAGUAUAGUUAUGAGAGGCCCAGUCGCCAUCCUCGUUCUAGUCGACCGCUAAAAGAUGGUUCCAAAUCUCCUGGUGGCCGAAUGAAGAGAUCUGGGCAUCGCCGCUCGACUUCUCCGAAGCCUGCUUACAAAACGGAUUAUAGAGACAAGUCCUACAACAGUAAGCCCUUCGCACCAAAACCGGAUAUUCUUGAGCCUCCGCCACCUGGGUUCGAGCCACUGCAGCUGGCCGAGGAUGACGGCUACAGAACCAAGCACCCGACUAACGUUGAAGUCUCUCAUAGCAGCAGCGGUGGCAAGAGUAAGAGGCACGAGGAGGGCAGAGGCGACGAAGUGCCCCGCAAAAGGCAGAGAACCCGCAGCAAAAGCAAGGAGCCCAAGCCGCCGCUUGAUGGCAGCUAUAGAAGUCUGACGCCGCCGGCAAAGAUCACGACCCCCAAAAUGUCGGCGUCCCACAUGCGAGAACGCGAGGGCACGCCAAAAACUCCGGAGGCACUGUACACUGAUGAAUACUUGGCUACCAAGCCCAAAAACAGCGCACCAGAUCCAACAGGAACCAAUGAGUCUGAACCGGGGCCCAAUGUCGGCAAGGAGAACAAAGCCAAAAGUCCUACGGCGUCCAAGGAGCGCAAGAAGAAGAAAAAGGACAAGACCGAGCGGAAGAAGAGCAAGAAGGAUAAGAGGUCGAAGAAAGAAAAGGGCGAUCGGCAGAAGAAGAGUGCUUCUGUGAACAGAUCUGACUCGGAUGGCAACAAUAGUCCGACCCUGAACGAGCCAAAUUUCAAAUCCAACAGAUCUCCCGAGGGAAACUUUGAACUCGAACCGGCUGGCACUUCUCCAGCGCGUACUACGGACACUGCAGAAGCUCCUCCGGCUAAGAAGAACCAUGCUAGCGCGGAAGCGUCGACUGAGGAUAACUCUGCCUCCAAAAAGCGCAACGAUGGCAGCCUUUCAAAGUGGGAGCUGGAGGAGAACAGCUUGAAUUUCAACUUGGAUGACUCAAAGAAGUUUGCCGGAAACUCAGACGACCCGUCCGAAAUUACUUCGGAUGUGAUUCGCAAGGCGGAGAACGCCAUCUUUGCGAAGGCUAUAAACGCCAUUCGUCCUGUGGAAUUUCAGGUCAUUAUCAACUCAAAGGGCAACAGCCGGGACCGUUCCGUGUCGUUACGAAAUGACAAGGAACGCUCAGCCUCGCCGAGACGAGCCGGCAACAAGUCGGUAAAGGAGAGGCUGGGAAACAAAGUGGUCCGCGACAGAAGUCGUUCGCCGGAGAAGCAGAAAGACAGGCGAGAGGAUCGCCGGGAAGCUGGACGUAAAGGAUCCGACGAUGAUGCAUCAUACCGAGGAAGAUCGGACCGCCACAACAACAGAGAUAAUAGGGAUAAUAGGUCCCGGGACAGGAACGCUGCAUCCGAGAAGCGGCAGGGACACUCGUACAAGCGCGGCUCGUCGCCGGAGAGUGACAAGAACCGGCGCAACUACAAGGACCGCUCCGACAGCAAACUCGCAAAGUUUGAUCAAAUCAAUAGCGACGACUUGGAUCGGAGGGGCGGGCGCAGCGCCAAGUCUGGAGAUAAUCGAACAAUUUCGUCUGUUGCCUCAAAGCCGAGCCGGCAGGAAGCCGUUGCGAAGCCGUGCCGGCCGGAUAAUCCAUUUAGAAAGUUUGGGGAAACUAGCGGAUCAAGUGGUUUAAUCUUAAAGUAUGAUAACGCAGUGCACAACGAUGCAAUGUCCUCCGACAAUGAACAAAGGAAGCAAAAGGACAAGAAACUGAAGAAGCAUGGCAAAUAUUCGUCAACCGAUUCGUUGCGGAGCGAGAAGCGCAAGGAUCUGAAGAGCAAAAAGAAGAGCAAGAUCUUGAAGAAGAAAAAGAAAUCGAAGAAGUAGAUGAUUAUACGGAUAGGCUAGGAAAUAAGAAAUAUAUAAAUAUUGAAGAUUUCUGUGUACAAAUCAAAGAUUUUUAAUGUAUGUAUUAAUCAUGCAGAUAAGUAAACAAAUAAAAACAGAUCUACUCAAGGAAAUAUUAUGAUUGCUAGUACUUGGUAUAGAUUUUUGAAAUGUAUUAAAAUAAAGACGCAUUUAAAUUGA